UUGCCAGUGUGGUUGCGGGCCAUCCCCUGGACACGGUCAAGACUCGUUUGCAAGCUGGACAAGGAUAUGGAAAUACAAUCAAGUGUGUUCUCACUGUGUACAGAAAUGAGUCUCUGACCGGCUUCUUCAAGGGCAUGUCGUUCCCACUGGCCAGCAUUGGCAUCUACAGCUCGGUGGUGUUCGGUGUCUUCAGCAACACGCAGCGGUUCCUCAGCCAGCUCCGCCACGGGGACCCGGCCGCCGCGCCGUCGCUCGCCGACAUGACUCUGGCCAGCAUCGUGGCAGGGGUCAUCUCUGUGGGCAUUGGCACUCCCGUGGAACUGGUCAAGAUAAGGCUACAGAUGCAAACACAGCCAUACAACAAAGCAAAUGUUAAACUAAAUUCCACAGCUCCCGGAUCUCCUGUGUACCGAGGCCCAAUUCACUGCUUAAGGACAAUCAUACAGAAAGAGGGGAUAGCAGGAGUAUACCGAGGCAAUGUAGCAAUGCUCCUGAGGGAUGUUCCUGGGUACUGCGCCUAUUUCAUCCCGUACGCGAUGUUCUGUGACUGGAUAACUCCUGAUGGAAGCAUUUCUCCUAAUCCCUUCUCUAUCUGGGUGGCAGGGGGUGUAGCAGGAGCUGUUUCCUGGGCAGUAUGUACUCCAAUGGAUGUUGUGAAAAGUCGACUUCAGGCAGAUGGAGUUUACUUAAACCAGUACAAAGGGACCCUUGACUGCAUGUUGCAGAGCUACCAGAACGAGGGCUUAAAAGUCUUUUGUAGGGGCCUCAUGGUCAAUACACUGCGAGGAUUCCCAUCAAGUGCAGCCAUGUUUCUUGGCUAUGAACUUUCUCUCAAAGCAAUGAAAAGAUGCCAAACUGAGACCAAUCCCUAACUUCCAGGUCAGCACAUAAAGACCCUCUAGCUUUAUUCAAAUUACAGAAUUAAUCUUUGAAUCAAAUAGAGUUGCAAUUGUAUAGAUCCUCUGAAAGUCAUAUGACUUCCAUGGGUACCUACACCUGAAUAGCAAACACACUUUAGGUCUGUGGGAUUCAGAGCAGACUGCAAAUGUGCCAAUGGAUUUUACUUUCAGUCCACAUCUCCUGGAGCUUCACUGUAAUCUGUUCUCAUUGUUAUGAUUAUUUUAAUUAAUAUCAAUCAGAAAUAAAAAUUUGAAAGGAGAUUAUUCUCUAAUGUUUUAUAAUUUUUGAAAUAUCAUUUUUAUAUAGUCCCUGCACAGUACUCUUUCCUCAAUUUUUGCACCCCGAAAGAUAUGAAAUUAAGCUCUUUCAGGGUGUCUUGACUAUCAAGCCACUGUUUCACUCUUUCCCUCAUUAACUUUGAGUUGUAUAAAGGAAAAGCAUUAUAAAUAUAUGAUUAAAGAAACUUUUUUAGCAGCUAGAUACUCAA